GCCUUCAACGUCAUCAAUGGGGGGUCCCACGCGGGGAACAAGUUGGCCAUGCAGGAGUUCAUGAUCCUACCGGUGGGAGCCGCGAGCUUCCGGGAGGCCAUGAGGGUGGGGGCCGAGGUCUAUCACCGCCUCAAGGGCGUCAUCAAGGCCAAGUACGGCAAAGACGCCACCAACGUGGGGGACGAGGGCGGCUUCGCCCCCAACAUCCUGGACAACAACGAAGCGCUGGAGCUGCUGAAGACGGCCAUCGCGGAGGCGGGGUACCCCGACAAGGUGGUCAUCGGGAUGGACGUGGCCGCCUCCGAGUUCUGCCGUGAGGGCCGCUACGACCUGGACUUCAAGUCCCCCCCCGACCCCAAGCGCCUCAUCACCGGGGAGCAACUGGGGCAGCUCUACCAGAGCUUCAUCAAGGACUACCCCGUGGUGUCGAUCGAGGACCCCUUCGACCAGGACGACUGGGAGGGGUGGCAGCGGUUCCUGGGGCAGGUGGGGAUCCAGGUGGUGGGGGACGACCUGACGGUCACCAACCCCAAGCGCAUCCAGCGAGCGGCCGAGCUCCGCGCCUGCAACUGCCUCCUGCUCAAGGUCAACCAGAUCGGCUCCGUCACCGAGUCCAUCCAGGCGUGCAAGCUGGCGCAGAGCCACGGCUGGGGGGUGAUGGUGAGUCACCGCUCCGGGGAGACCGAGGACACCUUCAUCGCUGACCUGGUGGUGGGGCUUUGCACGGGCCAG